AUGGCAUCUGUAGAAAAAAAUAUGUUAGAAAAUAUAGAAUUAAGAUAUAUGAAAGAUGAAGAUCAGGAAUCUGGAGAAAAAAUUAUAUUUAUGGAGUUUCCGGAAGAGCUUAUGGGGUUUUUAACGUCUGAAAAAAAGCCUUGUUUGACUCUUAAAGCAGAUCAUAGCCGUAAAAGCACAGUGCUUUGUUCACCUUCAAAAACGUAUUCUUUGCGUAAUGUUACCCAGACUAAUUCUUUGCUUCUUUUUCAAAAAGAAGAUGAUGGAUUUUCUUUAUUGAAAGAUGCCAGGUCUUAUAUUGAAAUUACUGAAGCCACAGUUCAUAUCAAUUUUAAUCACUUAGCACCUGUUUACGAUGGAUAUGAUCUACAUGUUCCUGAUACCGUUCCGCUUUAUACGCUCAGUCAAAUUAAACGAAGAAUACCUGCAAGUGAUGAGGAAAUUCAUUAUGCACUUAUUCAUUCUAUGUGCUUGGUAAUUAAUGGUUUGAUACUUCGAGAUGUUUAUUUAUCUAACCAUUGGUUUUUAGGUCAUUUGAGACGGCUGAGUUUCAAUUAUGUUCUUCGUGUACUUCAAUUGAUCUUAGCACAUGCAGAAGUUGAAAAUAUGUCUCUAGAUGAAUUGAAAUUCGAUCUCCUUAUGACUUAUAUUGACUCAGAAGAGCCAGCUGAUGUAGUAGAAUUGGUUUUACGCCGAUUUUCUCAUACUCAAACAGAAUCAUAUUCUAUUGAUGGUUCUUCUAUUGCCCAAUGGAUUGGUAUUCAAAUGUUGGCUAAAUGCAAAGGAAGUUCCGUUUUGCUAGAUGAAUUUAUUCGUGACUGGAAGUCUACUAUUCCGUCUCCUUUUUCUGAAUAUGCUGAUCUAUCAUUGCUCCAAGGAGAAUAUCUUUUAACUGGAUCAUCAACUAUUCAAUAUUUUCCUGCUAAUGAAUUAUCUAUAGACCCUGCUAUACGAUUUCAAGAAUUGUUUCUUGCUCAACCUAAAUGGAAUUUGCCUGACAUUUUACCUUUUAUACGUGGACUUGCAACAGAUGAGACAAAAAUUGAUUCAUUACUUCGAAAGUUUACAAGGAAACAAACAAUAUGUCAACAGACAAUUUUAACAGCGAGAAAUCCUUGGAAAUCAUAA